AUGGGUUGCAGUUCUUCAUCAGUUAGUGAUUAAGUAAUAAGCAUAAAUGAAAAUUCAGAUAACUUAGUUUACAAAAAACGCUUCACAGAAAUGGAGUAUAAAUACUUUGGAAAAUCUGGUCUUAAAGUCUCUUCAAUAUGCUUUAGUGCUUAUAAUUUAAAUAUAAAAAAUCUUAAAAAAUCAGAAUUCACAAAUGUUAUAAAAAAAGCCUAUAGCCUUGGUAUCAACUUUUAUGAAACUUCUGAAUAAUACUGUAAUGGAUAGCUAGACGUAUUACUAGGAGAAGCAUUCUAAACUCUUGCUAUUCCAAGGGAAGAGCUAGUAAUAUCAUAGACUAUCCGCUAACCUGAAGUAGAUUAAAUCCAAAAAAACAAUAAAAAGACAUCUAUAUUUGGUCAUUCUCAUAAAUAAAUAAUAGAGAGUGUGAAAAAUAGUUUAAAUAGACUUUAAAUAAGCUACUUAGAUAUAGUAUAUUGCGAUAGAUUUGAUGAGGAUACUCCUUUAGAGGAAACAAUUAAGGCAUUUAAUCAUUUAAUAAAAUAAGGUUUAGUUAAUUAUUGGGGUACAUCAAGAUGGACAGCUGCUUAGAUCUUUGAAGCAAGAUGUAUAUGUGCUAAGCUAAAACUAUCUCCUCCUGUAAUAUAAUAAGUUGAAUAUAAUAUGUUAUUUAGAGACACUUUCGAAGUAGAGUAUUCUAGGCUUUUUGAUAAGUAUAAAGUAAAUUCUACAAUUUGGAAUCCUUUUUGCUUUGAUAUUCUAAAUAGUUGCACUAAGAUGUCAUAAUCCUUAAGUUCUAAGCUAAAAUAAAUCAAAGAAAAAGAUUAGUAUGCUGUUUAAGAAUACAAUUACCAAAUUUCUGAGAAUAAUUUAAAUCAAAUAUAAAAUAUCAUCAAAAAGAUUUCUCUUAUUACAAAAAAGCUGGAGUGUACAUUUUCUCAGCUUGCUAUGGCUUGGAUUUUAGCAAAUAGAGAUGCAACAAGUGUUAUUUUCUGUACUAAUAAUCAAAACUAAUUAGAAGAAAUAGUAGAAUCAAUAGAGAUAGCUAAGCUAAUAACGCCAGAAAUAAAUAGUGAAAUUGAUAAUAUUUUAUCAAAUCUCCCUAUUUUAGGGUUAGAUUUUAAAACAUUUUCUCCAAAAAAAGGAAGAAGAGAAAAAUAUUUAGUUUAAAAUUAAAAUUAAAAUAUAAAUUCAAUUUAAACAUGA